AUGGAGAUCAAAGUCGGCAGCCCUAUUAGGAUUGAAGAUGCAUUUUACGUACCUGAAGAAUUGUAUCGUCAGUACAAAGAGAUGAAUAUAUCGAGUAUAUUUUCCUGGCAAGCGGAAUGCCUUAGCUUGCCUGGUGUGCUUGAUGGUUGUAGGAAUUUAGUCUAUUCAGCUCCUACAAGUGCUGGAAAAACUUUGGUUGCCGAAAUUAUUGUAUUAAAGCGCAUUUUAGAAUCUACACUUAAAGCGUUCAUCAUUCUACCGUAUGUUUCUGUUUCAAGAGAGAAAAUGAUGUAUCUACAGAAACUUUUUAACAGUUUAGGCAUUCGAGUUGGAGGUUAUAUGGCUGGUCAUAGCCCACCUGGGGGGUUAUCUGCUAUCAAUGUUGCUGUCUGUACAAUUGAGAAAGCUAAUAGUUUAGUUAACAGAUUAAUUGAAGAAGAACGUCUGAAUGAAUUAGGUAUUGUUGUCGUCGAUGAACUUCAUCUUAUUGGUGAUACUCAUCGUGGCUACUUAUUAGAGUUGUUGUUAACAAAAUUACUUUUUUAUUCACGUCGUGUAUUAAAUUCAAAACCUAAAAAUGAAAUUGGAAUUCUGGAAAGCUCCCAAAAUUUGUUAAAUGAUUCAUUAAACAAAUGUGAUUCUAAAACUUAUGGUAUCCAAAUUAUUGGUAUGAGUGCUACAUUGCCAAAUCUGGAAUCACUUGGACACUGGUUAAAUGCGGAAGUUUAUAUUACAAAUUUUCGUCCUGUACCACUUAGUGAAUUCAUAUUGUCCUGUGAACUGCGUUCGAAAACAAACCAGUAUUAUAAAGUAGUCAAGUCUGAUAGCACGGAUGACAGUUCUACUCAAAAAAAGUUUUCGGAAUGUUUGAAGCCUGCUGAUAACUUACCUUUGGAUCCACAGUUAACGUCCGAUAUGGAAUUAAACUCGGUCGAUGAAGAUGGUGUGUUAGCUUUAUGCCUUGACACGUUUUUAAAUGGACAUGGCGUGUUAGUGUUUUGUCCAACCAAACAAUGGUGUGAACAGUUAGCUGAUACAAUGGCACGUCAAAUUUUCAUCCUCACACAGCCCUACUUCUUAGCGUUACAUCAAAACAACCAUAAUUCAUCUGAGGCAACUAUCGGAGAUUUAAAUGAAAAAAAUUCAAAUGAUCAUUUAUUAAAGUCAAACAUUGGAACGCGUUUGGCAUUACAGCUGGAUCGAGUUGGUCUUGCCACUUGUGUAGAUCAAUUAAAACGAUGCCCGGCUGGUCUUGAUACAGUUCUAGCCAGAUGUUUGGGCUAUGGUGUGGCUUUUCAUCAUGCAGGUCUUACAGUUGAAGAACGUGAGAUUAUUGAAUUUGGAUUUCGAAAAGGUCUUAUUCGUAUUUUAGUUGCCACAUCGACAUUAAGCUCUGGUGUAAAUUUGCCCGCUCGUCGUGUUAUCAUCCGAACACCGCUAUUUCAUGGAAAGAUUUUAGAUUUCCUUACUUACAAACAAAUGUCUGGUCGAGCAGGUCGUCAAGGUGUAGAUACUAGUGGUCAAAGUAUUUUAUUAUGUAAACCAAAAGAUCUUGGACGUGUUCGUCAACUGAUAAUGAACGGCAUGCCACCAGUGAAUUCAUGUUUGAUGGGUCAUGGAGGCAGCCUUGAAUCUAGUUUAAAACGUGCUUUGCUAGAGGUUAUCGUAAAUGGAUUUGUAGAAACAUUAGCUGACGCAUUAAUUUACUUGUCUAGUACAUUAUUGGCAACAACUAUCACAUGUGAGAAAUUAAAUGAAUUCAAUAUUUCUCAAUCAACUUCCAAAAGAGAAAAUCGACGACGUUCUCUUCGUUUGUCCCAACCUAAAAUUGACUUAGAACAAGGAAUAAGUAAUGUCAGUGGUAAUGACAGUGACGAUCGAUUUACGAUUCAGAUGAAACGUUUAUUGUUCACAUGUAUAAAAGAUUUACAAAAGCAUGAAUUCAUCUAUAUUGAUCAAUCUGCUUGUCCAAAUGGGUCUGACGGUGUUAUAAACAUGUCUAUUGAUUCUCAGUCAUUCGAGGUUUCGUCGGAUAAUGCUCGUCUUCAACCAACGGCUCUUGGGAGAGCAGUACUGUCUUCUUCUUUAGGUCCAGUGCAUGGAUUAGUUGUUUAUGAAGAAUUGGAUCGUGCACGUCGAUCAAUUGCACUUGAUACUGAAUUACAUCUUGUUUAUUUAUUAACUCCUGUUUACUUAGACGUCGGUGCUGAUUUAGAUUGGUUAUGCUAUUUGGAACAGUAUCAAAGUUUAUCUUCUGCGGAGCGUCGAGUUGCUGAUCUGAUUGGUAUUGAAGAGCGUUUUAUUACUAGGUGUGCUGCUGGGGCACCUCCAUCUGCUUAUGGUUGUUACGGUAAUACUAAUAUUGGUAAUCGUCGUCUAAGUUUACAUCGACGCUUCUUUACCUCACUAGUACUGUAUCGCUUAGUCAAUGAAGACGGGUUACAAACUGUUGCAAAGAAAUUCGGUGUUAAUCGUGGUCUUUUACAGAGUUUGCAACAACAAGCUGCUACUUAUGCCGGUAUGGUUACUAUCUUUUGUAAUCGUCUUGGCUGGAAUCAUAUGGAACGGGUAAUCGCUAAUUUCCAAUCACGUCUAUGUUACGGUGUUUCGGAUGAACUUGUCGAUUUAAUUCGUCUAUUACCUUUGGUUAACGCUGAACGGGCCCGUGCUCUAUAUGCAGCGGGUUACAGUUCUGUUUGUUCAUUGGCUACUGCGCGGCCUCAAGAGAUUUCAAAAAUUUUACAGCGUGCAAUUCCUUUCGAACGCAAAAAUAAUCAUGAAGUAAAAGCAUCUAGUUGUUGCACAAUUCUACUUGAUGAUGGUCGUGUAAUUAAUGAACACGAAGCUGGCCCAUUAAUAGUUGAACAAGCUAAAUUAUUAUUGGAAAUAGAUUUAACUUCGGUUUAUGGCAAAGAUUUAAUUAUUUUAUCAAAGAACCAUGAAGUAGAUAAAUCCAUAAAACCUGGAAAACGUAUUCAUGAAGAUGUCGAUUCCUCAUCGUUUCAUCAGUCACAAAAUAAUUUAGUCAAUUUAGAAAAUGAAAAUGAUGAUAAUGUUGGCGAUAUUAUUCAUAAAAAUGAUAUAGUUGACAAUAAAAAUAAACAAUUGAUGAUUGUUAAUUCCAGUUAUAAUUCAUUGCAUGACUUAAAUGUGACCAAAAACUGUAAGUAUGAUAUGGACGAAGAUAAAAAGUAUCAUCAUCAUACUGUACAAGAAGACGAAGCAGAAGACGUUGAGGUAAAACGAUUAAAAUUGUCAUUAGAUAGUAAUGCAAUAUUGCAUACAACAGCAAUAACAGCUUCUCCUAUUAACAACGAUGACCACAGGGAUAUUUGUAAUGGUGAUCAUGAUAUUUGUUCGAUAGACAAGCAAUAUAAUUCACGUGACGACAAUAAGAUUGACAAUGUGAAUAAUAAUAUCAAUACUACAUCCAAUGCACAAAUUCCGGUCCUAAAAUCUGAUAAUUCAACAAUUACCUAUGCUAAAACCCUGAUGGAUUUCGAAAAUUUUACACAAACUAGUCAAUCGUUUAUAUUAACUAGUCAACUGGCUGCUAUUAUAGAUGAUAAUCAAGUUGUAUUGACUGGUAAACCAGCUUCAUCAUCGUCAUCCGUAUCCAAUGUAAAUUCAGAACUAUUACGUACACCUGUUUCAUGUGAAUCUGCAAGCAUACCAUUUUUAACCACAACAAUAUCGACACCAUCGUCUCUAUCAAUUAAUAAUAAAACUUGCGAAUUAAACGAUACACUUACAUUUUCAAUGUUUGAAAGUUCAUUUACAGUAUUCAAUAAUAAAUCAUUUACUUCCAGUAUUAAUGAUAAUAAUAAUAAUCACUCUUUAUGUGAAACAAUGGCAAUUGAACCAUUUAAGGAACGAUAUGAUGAUUCUCAAGUUCUAAACAAUUUAAUAAUGUCUCACACUAAUUUCGAUACUGAUAUUGGUGAAGAACGAAAAUCCAUAUCUAACCUACAACAACCUCAGUCUAAUUUAUCCAACUCAUCUAUCAAUACAAAUGAAUCACUUUUGAAUAUGGAAAGAAAAAGUAUUGGAGAUUUGUUCAAUACUUCUUUUACAUUCAGUUUACCAACUAAUGAAGUUCAAUUAAUACAAGAAUCGUCAACUUCUCACUCUAUUCAGUCAAAUAAAACUGUUGAUUGUAAAACAGAUACAAAUCUACUUUGGAAUGAUGAUAAUUCCAUUAUGGAUUCACUGAAAAUGGCCGCUGAUGAUGUUGACGAAGAUGAUGACAACGAUAAUGAGAAUUUAUUCUCCAUUAUUGAUGUAACACAAACUUACACAUUAUGGAAAAUAUUUCUUGCUGAAUUAAAUCAUCAUAUUGAAGAAUCAAAAAGUUUCAUUCCAUCUCAAUUAAAUUAUAUGGCAAUUCAACCUGGCUGGCUCUUAAACAUGAACUCACAUAAUCAUAAUGAUAGUGAUGUUAAAUUGUUUAAUGAACACUUAUCUUGGAAAUCUGGACCUGCUGGGCAUCCAACUGUUGGUGGUGGAAAGAAUCUCUGCAUAGAUUAUAAUUUGUACUUUAGUGGACUAGCGAUUUCUUCAAAUAAUUUAAAGAAAAACACUGUAUUUUGGAUUGAUUUUCUUGCCGGAAAUAAUUCAAAUAGAGUUCCAUUACAGGAAUGUUUAUUUGAUGUACACAAUUUAUUGAUUCGUAUGAAUCAAUUAAAUUUUGGUCUGAUCGUAUGGGAUGUUAAAUGGUGGUAUCGAAUUGCCUAUGAUCUACUGAAAUUGCCAAAUCGAAUAAAAUUCCAAAUUUAUAGUCCAAAUCUUACAAAUUGGUUAACUAAUCCUGAUCAAGGUCAAAGCUCGCUAUUAAUUGAGGCGCAAAAAUUGAAUCCACAUGUUGUUAACAGCAUGCUGGCUAAAGUUACAUCAUCCGUUGAAUACUUAGAGCCUCCAAACCAAUUUUCAGAUUGGUCGAAAAUUCCCAGCUUAGAAUCUUCUAACAAAUGUCCUUCACCAGCAAAUUAUCUGAAUGAACAACACUUAUCAUCCAAUCUACCAGAUCAUGCGUAUAUAACAUCAACUCAAUGUUUCUUACUAUCUUUAUGGACAACUAAUUCUAACAACUGUUUCUCAGUGGCCCAAAAUUCACUACCUGAUUUGAUUGACUUACCUUGUCAGUCUUUACUAGCUCGCAUGGAGUCAAACGGUUUCAUGCUUAACCUGGAUGAAUUAAAUAAAUGUCAACAUUUAUUGUUAAAUGCAUGUAAACUGCUGGAAAAUGUCGCCUAUCGAUUAGCUGGUCAGUCAUUUCCUAUGGAUUCACCUAAAGAAAUAUCCAAGGUUCUCUUCAAAUGGCUUCGUUUACCUCAAAUAACAGAUCCCAAUGAUUUAAUACUGAAUAAAAAACGAAAUCAAACCUAUUUACUGACUGGGCGUAAUCGUUCAAAUCAUUUGCCCAAAGCUACUAAUGCUAAUCUAUCAAAACUUACAAAUCUUCAUCCAUUACCAGCUGUUAUUAUGGAAUGGCGUCAUGUCAAUGGCAUUUUAGAAAAAGUAUUGAAUUCAUUAGUGUCUACAUGUCGUCUUACGUGUACAUCUAGUGGAGAGAAUAAGUUAUUACGUAUAUCACCUACGUACGAUAUUUAUACAGCUACUGGUCGAAUUAUAUCGAUUAUGCCUAAUUUACAAUCUGUUCCGAAAGAUAUAAUUAUUGACUGGUCUAAAUUACAUUAUAAAUCGUCAACUUUAAACAAGAACAACAACAACAACAACGAUAAUCCUAAUAAUAAUUCAGAAAAAUGGACUUCACCAUUCGAUCAAAUAUUAAAUGAACUGCCUAAAUCAAUCGAAACUAUAAGACCACGCUGUGCAUUUCAUGCACCUGUUGGUGGUUUACUUGUUGCCGCUGAUUUUUGUCAGCUUGAAUUAAGACUCUUAGCGUAUUUCAGUAAAGAUGUAGAACUUCUAAAACUUUUAUCAGUAGUGGAACAUCCAAAUGAAACUGUUGAUCAAUCGAUUGCACCUAACUCAGAAUCAGACGCUUUUAAAAAGUUAGCUGCUCGUUGGUUAAAUAUACCACAUCCAAAUCUAGUAACCGAUGUUCAACGGCAACAAGCAAAACAAUUAUGCUAUGCUAUUCUAUACGGAAUGGGUUGUCAAACAUUGGCUAGUCAAAUGAAUAUAACUGAGCAAAAUGCUCAAAAAUUAAUUGAUAGCUUUUUAAACGCUUAUCCAGGUGUUCAAAAGUUUAUUUCAACUACAGUUUCAAAUGCUCAUCGUGAGGGUCAAAUUAAAACACUUAAUGGUCAUGUCCGUCUUCUACCUGCUUUAAACUCGAAAACGGUAUUUGACAACGAUACGGCUUUUGAAUCCAACUAUAAUUGGUCGAGAAAACAUGAGAUACGGCAUCAUUUUGCUGUUGUUAAAGCUGAACGUCAAGCUGUUAAUAGUAUUAUUCAAGGGAGUGCAUCAGAAAUAGCCAAGAUUGCUAUGUUAGCAGUUGACGAAGCAAUUCAUUCCUCUAAUAUUCCUGGUUAUGCUCAUCCUGUCCUACAUGAACAUGAUGAACUAAUCUAUGAAAUUUUUCCUGAAUCAUCUGUUAAACAAUUCGGCGUACUAAUUCGUCAAACUAUGUCCCAAACAAAUAAACAUUGUAAUAUUAAUGUUCCACUCCCUGUAAAAUUGAAAAUUGGUACUAAUUGGUCUGAUUUAAAACAGGUUAAUUGGUAA